AUUCCGGAAUGGAUUCUUUGAUGGAGCAAUCGGCAAGCGGACACGCCACGCCACCACCACAUACCCCCGCCAGCCAAGAGGCGCUGAGCAAUUGGAAUUCACUUGAAGAACGUGUAAAGGAACUCUCCGGCCCCUCUCAGGAUUCACAAGCCACAGCUUCGGCAAGCCUAGUCGAGGGGAUCCCGCGUACGUCGAGAAGCGACCGCUGGGCCACACUGCGACCCACCCCGAGCCUCACCCAAGUCGUCGCGACCAUCGUCGGCCAUGUCCUCCCAAGGAUCAACGAUCAGAAGCCCUUAUCAUCUGCAACGAAUGCCAGACACGUCACAUGGAAAUGUCCCGGAAAACUAGCCCAUGGAAACACCGUUUUGGAAUGUUCAAUCGAGGAAAGAGUGCCGGACGUCAUCCCGAAUUCGCCUCUCAGCUGCAUCAGCAUAGGAACGCCGUACGAUCUCGCCCGGAACAUUUCUGUGAUAACUCAAUCUCAUAUUCCCGAUAAUUGGCGUGUUGCCCGUUUAUUGGAUGUCUCAUACGAUAUUCUGACCCCCCAUUCUCUAGGAAUUUCAUUGUCAUAUUUUCGUAGUCAUUGCCUUCAUGCGACCCUAGCCUCAGUAGUCGACGCCAAGAAGCCAGCACAGGACUGCCCUCCUCGAACGCGUGAUGACCCGUACAACUUGUCUUAUCUCUACGGAAAAGCCGUAGAGUUCGCAAACUGCAACCCCUGGAUGGAAAGUCGGUGGUGCCAGCUGAAGCCGCGGGAGACGCUCAUUCUGCUGCCGGAAGGAUUUGACGAGGUCCUACGAUGCCUUGAAGCCGAUUUUGUAGCAGUACACGUCAUACGCUCCCCGGAUGAAGUCGAGCCGGAAUGGUUUGCGGAGGAAUUAUCGGCAAUAAUACUAUUUUCACCUGCCUCGAGUUCGGAUAUCUUGCGCUGGAGAAGCGCAUGGACGCUAUUCCUAUACGCAGUCGCCCAAGGUGCGGAGUUGAUUGCACUUCCGGGUCCUCAAGAUGACGAAGGGUGGGGAGCCACCGUGGAUCUUCUUCGUGACUUAAUGGAGGAAACCUGCGCACAGCGCCCGAGCCUUGCCCCAAAAAUGCGAUGUUUGCUGCCGAAGCGCUCGGAAAACGCGAUGCUGGGAGCCGCCUACAAAAUUUUGGCCGACAAAAUCAACCUUGUUACGGGAAGACACUUCACUCAGAGCGCAGCGAAAAGGUUUUGGAACGCCACAAAAACCCAAUACAGCGCAUUUUUGAAACUGCCGGACUUCAAAAGGAUACGUGAGCCUGAGAAUAGCUGCAGAAGCGCAGCAGUGCAGAGGGAGCCCCGAAGUAGCACCUAUAUGCGAGGACGAGGAGCACGUCACAACUCUCGGUCGCAACAACGGAAUUUUAAUCAGCUGGAGAACAGAUCUUCGUCGUAUCAACGGAAUUCUCAUCGACGGGAGAACAGAUCUACGUCACAGAGCAGAACGACGCCAAAACCUCGUUUUCAAAGAAGGGAGCCCUUUAGAAAUUCUUGCAGAGGACGGCUAAACUAG